CCUUGGUGAACUACCCAUCUCGAUUAAGUCGCGUCAGCGCCCGUCGACCUCUGUUCCUUGAUCCUCGGCCUCGGCUCCUCGAGCGCGCGAGCUCGAUCGAGAAAUGGUCGGGCCGGAGCUGACGGUCGGCGGGAGGUUCGCCGGCAUCGUGAUCUCCAGCUUCGUGGCGAAGGUGCGCUCCAUCAUGGAGCACCACGCCGCCCUGCGAGCCGCCGCCGGCGACAUGCUGUACAGCGUGGAGGCCGCGCUCCCCCGGAUCAGGAUCCUGGUUGAGGCGACCGAGCGCAGGGCCAUCUCCAGCGCCAGCUUCGCCCCGUGGCUGCAGCAGUUCAAGGACGCCGUCGCCGAGGCCGAGGACCUGCUCGACGACUUCGAGACCAAGAGGAUCCAGAGGGCGCUCAGGGGCAAGGCCAGCUCGGCCAUGUCCCUCGCGCUCAGGUUCGUCAGGAAUAUUGUCCUCUCUGACGGAGAUCUCGAGAGGCUCAAGGACGUGCUGACCAAGCUGAACAAGAUCACCAGCGACGUCACCGGCUUCCACGACAUCCUGAAAUUGGCCAACGACGACGAGGGGGCGAUGCGAGCAGUCCUGCCAGCCACCCCGCCGGCGGUCAUCGGGCGGGAUGACGAGAAGCAGCGGCUUCUGAACAAGAUAUUACUCCCCGCCGCCGACACCGUACCACCAAAUCCUCAAGAUGGAGCUGAUUCCAGCACGGGUGUUUAUGUCAUAUCUGUCGUGGGAGCAGCUGGUGUGGGCAAAACCGCUCUUGCUCAAGUGAUCUACAAUGACCCAAACGUCAAGGAGGCUUUCCUGUUGAGGGGGUGGGUGUUUGCUUCUUGGAACUGCAGACCUAGGGGCCUCGAACAAGAUAUCAUCGAUUCUUUUGCGUCGGAGCAGGAGGAAAAUCUGCAAAGGAAGUCAGUUUCAUCAGAAGGCUGUUUGAUUAGCGUCAUACAGAACAAGAAAUUCUUCUUAGUCCUAGAUGAUGUGCAGCAUAAUCUGCACGACCAAUGGGGUCCCCUAAGGUCGACACUGGCAAGAGGAGCAAAUGGCAGUGUUGUAUUGCUACUAAGUCAAUCGAAAGAAGUCGCAGAUAGUUUGGGAGCAACAGCUCAGAUUCCACUGGGUUAUCUGCCAUCUCCAGUCCUCUGGAGAGUAUUCGAGCAUCAUGCGUUUGGGAAUCAGAAGAGAGCCUCCCUCGAGUCAAUUGGUAAAAAAGUGGUACAAAACUUGCAUGGCUUACCUUUGCUGGCAGAAGCAACUGGAAGGCUUCUAAGACAAAGAUUAGAUAAGGGGCACUGGCAAAAAAUUUCCUCGAGUCCCUGGUGGCUCUUCUCUGAAGAUGAAGACGAUGUGGCGCUACCUUCAGUGGCAAUCAUGUGUGAGCAUCUAUGUGAUCAUCUUAGAAAGUGUUUGUGCUAUUGUUCAAUAUUCCCAUCUGGUUAUUUGUUCGAAAAGAAUAUGUUGAUUCACAUGUGGAUAGCUAGCUUCAUGCAACAACACGACGAAAUUGGGAUGGAUGAAAUGGAAAAGAAAUGGUUUGAUGAGCUUUUCCGCAGAUCAUUCUUUCAGCCCACAAUCCGGAAAAACAGGUACAUCAUGCCUGAUAUGAUUAGAAAGGCAUUAUGUUCCAUUGCUGGAAAAGAAUGCCACGCAACCAGUGAGAUGGGAGAGCAAAAAAGACGGCUCCAAGAUUACCGACACCUAGCCAUCAGUUUUUCUGAUUACAAUGUACACUUGGGGUUGCAAAAGGACAACAAGUUGCGGACCAUUUUGUUUUUUGAUGGUCGCAGAACAAUCAAGCCACACGAAGCAUUUGCUAAUAUUUUGUUGCACCCAAGUGGCCUGAGAGUAUUGGACUUCUCUUACACCGAAGCUAAAUUAGAGAUGGCUCCUCAUUUCAUUUACAAAUUCACACACCUAAGGUUUCUGGAUCUCUCAUUUACUGGGGUAACAGUAUUUCCAGACUCCCUCUGUAAGCUGCACCUACUACAAGUUCUUGGUUUACGAGGAUGCCAGUUCAAGGAGUUACCUAGAGCUAUAAAUGAGUUAGUGAACCUCCGAUUCUUAUAUGCAGAAGCUCACACAGUUUCCUUGAUAUACAAGAUAGGGAAGCUUACGAAUCUCCAAGGGUUAGAAGAAUUUCCUGUUGGUAGAAUGGAUGGGCACAAAAUAACAGAGCUGAAGAACCUGAAUGAAAUCAGUGGACAACUUUGUAUUGGAAAUCUCGAGGAAGUAGCAAGCACAGAUAUAGUGGGUGAUGCUGAGUUAUUCAAAAAAAGACACUUAAAGAAGUUGGUGUUCAGAUGGGGGUUAGCAGCACGGCAGCCAAUAGCUGCAUCUGAUCAUUUCAUGAGAACUCUUGCUGGCUUAAAACCAAAUACAAAUCUCGAAGAACUGCAAAUUCAGUGUUACAUGGGAAUUGAAUUUCCAGCAUGGAUAGCAGAACAGCAAUAUUUAAUCAAUCUGCAGCGCAUCUAUAUUACUGAAUGCAAACAAUUAUUGACACUUCCACCUCUCGGGCAGCUCCCAUCCCUUGUAAUUUUAAUUCUUCAAGGCCUAUCAGCAAUUGAAAAAAUUGGACGUGAAUUUUGUGGAAACGGUUACAGGGUAUUUCCAUCUCUUAAGGAAGUGACUUUCCUUGAUAUGCCGAAUUGGAGGACGUGGUCCGACAUAGAAGAAUUACAAGAUUCACGAAUUCCUCCAUUUCCACAUCUUAAAAAGGUCCAAAUCAAGAAUUGUAAUGUCUUGAUUGACAUGCCAGUGUGUUGUUUAAAAGCGUCACUUCAGGAGCUUGAGAUUUCUGGUUGUAACGAAAUAUUUUCAUGUAAUCCAAGCUGUCUGGAGGGAUUGAAUUCCCUUGCGCGCUUGAAGAUCCACCACUGUUUGGGCAAAAUUUAUCUUCCGUGCCGAUUGUUGGAGUCAAUUGAGAUUUUGAAUCUCCAAAGGUGUCAAGUUUACUUCCAGGGAGGUAGAGAACAUGUAAUGAAAUUGACGAGGAUUUUAACAAAGGAUGUUCAUGAUUUGAGUUUGGAUGAAACCAAAGCAGUCAGGAAAGAGCUAUUAGUACUUGAAGUAUUAUUUUCUGAAGGGUAUCACAACUUGCCAUCAUGCUUUCUCAACAACUGGAAUUCUGAAGCAUAUUCAGUUCCCUGAAACUAGUUGGUCUCAUGCCAAGCUAGCAAGGACAAAAUUUUAUGCUGCUACUUCUCUGCCAUAAGUUAGCCCGUCGACUCAUUAUACAAGGUAAUAUUUGUCUAGUACGACAGUCCACAUGUUGCAGGUGAGCCUGUUGAAGAGUUGAACAGAGGUUGUUCUGUAGGGUGGGUGAUCUAGGAGGAACAUGUUAGAUUUCAAGAGACUAAAGUGGAGGAGCUGGGUUUUUCUUGGAUCACUUCAAGUACAUUACCCUGUUUCCUUCCGAAUUAUUAUUUUUUUUGCCGGGCCAGCCAAAAAACCGGCCAAAGUAUAGUAAGGUUUGAAGGGAAUAUACAGAGAUUUUUUUUGGGGUCAGGAUGGCCAAGAAGAGCCACCCAAAUUUCAUUAGAAUAGAAUGCACAAUAUACAGAGCAGUGUCCAAAGCACAAAGUGGUUUUCGAAUGAUUGUAUCAUCUUGAUGUAAUCAUUUAAAAUCAAUA